ACCAACUUCAGCCUCUCCAGUCAGGACGUGAUGGUCGUCGGCGAGCCGACCCUCAUGGGCGGGGAGUUUGGGGACGAGGAUGAGCGUCUGAUCACCCGCCUGGAGAACACGCAGUACGACGCCACCAACGGCCUGGACGACGAGGACGAUUUCAACAGCUCCCCAGCUCUGGGAAACAACGCCCCCUGGAGCAGCAAACCCCCUGCCGCCCAGGACAGCAAGCCCGAGAGCACGGCGCCCCAGCCCUCGCAGUAAAAAUCUCAUAAACCAAUGAAAUAAAAGAAGAAAACAACAGAUCCUUGGCUCCAUGUGGGUUAGACAUUUAAACAUCUCCUCCUCACCCUGAGGGCAGCGCUUCUAUGGCACAUAACAAAUUCACCCGUCUGCAAACUCAUCACUGGUAUGUCUAGCCAAACUGUGUCAUCCGGGAUGUUUUCUUCUCUGAAUCAUUGUAUAAUUUCUUUAAAAAAAAAAACAAACACACACACACACACACAGAACUGGCUGAACUGCUCCGAAGUAUCUACAGACAACAAACGCGUACAAGACGUAUGCAAUGUAACAUAAAAAUGAUUAUUGCAGAGCGACUUUUUCCUUCAGGGGGGAAACUGUGGAUCAAAUUCUCCUUCUUGGACCCUCAGAUACAAGCCUGCUGUCUGGUGGAAUACCUCAGCUGUGAUUGGUUGACCUGCAGGUCACAAGUCAUCACGCUGACCGCGGACAGUGGGAAGGAAAGAAGAGUAAAAACAACAAACAAAAUGUCUCUCAAAUAGAAAGCGGGUGAAGGGAAGGUGGUUUUCAGCAGCCAGCAGAGCCCAUGGAAGUGUCUCACCACAUUGGACUCAAAUGAAACAUUGUUGGAGGCAAUUGCAUUUUUAUUGGAAAUUCAGUCGGCCGUUGGUUUGUUUCUACUGUUGCUCGAGUUUCAUUUCCAAUUAAGAGGAAAUAAAAGAUCUCUACAAAGUGGAUGCUUUUUCAAAUGAGGAAAAUCUCGUCCUGGAAUUGUUUUCUUAACGUUACUGCGGUUGUCACAGAUUGUGAUUUCAUGCAAACCAGUUUGAUUGUGUUUGUAGUCUAUUGGUAUUUUGCUUCUUUCUGAAUCCUUUGAAGUCACAUUGUAAUUUUGCCAAUCAGUUUGUGAACUUUGCUGACACAUGUUGACGCUUUAUUAUUUUUUUUAAUUAUUAUUAUUAUUAUUAUUCCUGGAAAGUAGGACUUCUUUCCCUUUAAUGACCUACUCCCAAACUGAUACGAAAUCCUUCUCCUGCAUGAUUUUAUACACUUUUUAUUUGGUUUGAUUAAUGUGCUCUUUGAAACGCAUCGGUUGUUCUUUUUCUUUUUUCUGUUGGUCAGUUUGGGAACACUGUAACAAGGUUUGUAGCUCUGUAAAUAGAGGUGGAAUCUAUUUUGUCCACUGUAAAUCAGCCACUGAAAGCAGUUUGGAUAUGGCAGCUGUUUUUGUUUUCUACCAGUUUCUCAUUUCUGUUGGGUGGUUUGGAUGGAUGCUGGGUGCUUUAUUUUGAACCAAAACUUCUCAUGUUCCUAGACCUCUCUAGCUAGUACCAGAACCAAAGCCAGAAAUUAAUGAAAACCCACACAGACACAUGAUCAUACUUGUUGAUUACUUUAUGACAAACUGAAGGAAAUAAACUAUUUCUACAUUUUAAUAUUGAUAUAAAAUCUCAUCCACCCCACAGAAAUGCUUUAAGACCCCUGUGUUUGUGUUCACGAUUGUUCUUUAAUCUUCAAUUGAAUCGAUACCCCAGUAUAUCCCUGAUCUUUUUGUUUGGUUUGUUUAAAAACGGGCAAGAAGACAAUGACAGAUGUCUUACAACUACAACUGGAUCUAAUGGGUAUUUAUUUGUGUAUUUGUAAGGAAGCUAACACAUUUGGAAAUAUGUUUGAGCCUAGUAUUAUUAGACACCAUUUGUACAUUAUAUAGCAGAGGUGUUCAGUGUCAUAUCUGAUGUCUGGUAUGUAUGCUUUACCAUUAUGUGUGCCAAUAAACCGUGCUUACAGAAAA